ACGCUCAACGCAGCCGAUGAUCCACGAUUGAGAAAACAUUUGAGUGCCAUAAAACAAGCGGAACAAAAGUAACGGCCAAACAAACGGUUACGGAAGAAUUAUGUGAGUGAACGACAAUUCUCAACCGAAUCGGUUAGCUCCUGCGGUGUCCCACAUCCCGCUGACGUCGUUUUCGAUCUCUAUCAAAAUCCGGACACAGGAACUCUGUCGCUUACGGAACUGCUGAAGGCGCUCAACGAUGCCGGAAUCAAGCGCGAUGAUCCGCGAUUAGGAAAAUUUUUGCAUGCAGUACGAUAUGAGGAACUACAGCAGCCCGAAAACAACCCAACUUCUAAUGAGUCGAUUAGCGAUCAGCUGGAUCGGGAAACAUUUAAAAAGUGA